UUUAUUCUUUAGACUUCAGAGAUAGAGAGAGAUGGCAUCAUUCGGCGCGUACAGCAUGUACGCAGACGCCUCGGCGCGUCGAUUCGACAACGGUGUUUACGCCGCCUCUGAUUACUCCUACGCCGCCUUCUCCUCAGCCGACGCGCCGCCUUACUCCGCUCCUGUAUACGGCGAGACUGAGGAAGUGAUGGUGCAUUAUCACGCCAAUGGCAACGGAAGGUCGCCUUUCGACAUUGGGGAGGAUUCGGAGGGGAAUUUCAGCUUCGACGGAUCUAUCCUUCCGCCUCCUAGCGAGAUGCAGGAAGUAGGAUUUGCUUUUCGCGAAUGGCGGAGGCAAAAUGCUAUUCGGCUGGAGGAGAAGGAGAAGAGGGAAAAAGAAAUGCGGGGCCAAAUCAUGGAAGAAGCUGAAGAAUAUAAACAAGCUUUCUUUGACAAAAGAAAGCUCAAUAUAGAGACCAACAAAACCAACAACCGAGAGAGAGAGAAGUUAUCCCUGGCCAAUCAAGAAAAGUUUCACAAAGAGGCAGACAAACAGUACUGGAAAGCCAUUGCGGAGCUCGUCCCGAACGAGGUGGCCCCCAACAUUGAGAAGAGGAGAAAGAAGGACCAAGAUAAGAAGCCAUUGGUCGCAGUCAUUCAGGGGCCCAAACCUGGUAAACCAACUGAUCUCUCGAGGAUGCGCGGAAUAUUGGUGAAGCUCAAGCACAAUCCUCCGGCACACAUGCUACCGUCCCCGCUUGCUCCUGCCUCGGACGGGAAGGAAAACAAGGACAAAAAUGCUGCUGCUGCUAAUUCUGCUCCAGCCACUCAUCAGCCGGCUAAAUAAUUGGGGCGAAGUUUUGAUUUUUCAAAAUUCCAAUUUUUUCAAAAACAUUCAUUUUUCCAACUCCUUUCUGUGUCUGCCUUUGAUGCAGGGAAAUGGAAUUUUACCUGUCUGUAUCCAGCAUUUCUUUGCCGUGUUAAAAAUAUACUAUCAUGUUUGUUGCUGUAAUAUUUUUUUAAAACAAUAUCAAUAAUGAUUCUACAUUUAUCGUUGCA